GGAAAAGCCAGUUUCAAGACAAAAACAAAAUCAUCCAACGCAGUAUAAAUUUUUCAAAAUUAAAAUUUAAAACUAUUUCUUAAAACGAGAAUGGCAGAAGAGGCAAUAUUCGAAUACUUACAUUCCGAAAUCGUUAGCUACACACUGACAAAGGAAAGUAACAAGGAAAAUGACCUCUCAGCACUGGAGUACAUCGGCUACUCGACCGGGUAUCGAAUCAUCGAACGCCUAACCCGCGAGUGGCCCAGGUUCAAGGACGAACUGGACACCAUGAAGUUCAUCUGCACUGAUUUUUGGAGCUCCAUCUACAAGAAACAGAUCGACAACCUCCGGACGAACCAUCAGGGCGUUUACGUCCUGCAGGACAAUGCAUUCCGGUUUUUGACCCGGCUGUCGUCGAGCUCGCAGUACUUGGAACACGCUCCCAAGUUCGUUGCCUUUACGUGCGGAUUGGUGCGUGGUAGUUUGGCGAAUCUGGGCAUUACGAGUACCGUGACUGCAGAGGUGCAGACCAUGCCUUCGUGCAAAUUUCAUAUUCAAGUUAAUCGAGGAUAAUUCCAUGUUAUCGUAAAAUUAAAAUUAUUUAUCAUAUAAAAAUAAUAACGGAAACAUAAAUAA